UGCGACCCCUACCGGCAGUGAUGUGAUACCACCAGACAUUAAACUGAUGACGUGGUUCGGUCCGUUGACUAGAGCAGCAGUAUGGCCGACCAGAGCAGGCAAAUAAAACUCGCUGCGGCUAAGAAAAAGCUGAAGGAGUUUCAGCAGAAGAGCUCCCCUGCUAGUGUGGGAGGAGAAAAGUGUGGAGGAGGAGGUGGCGGAGCAGGGGCCAAGAAGAAGAGGAAGGUGAAGGGACUGAGCCAACACGAUGCACCUUCAACAGACAGAAACUCUCCAGACAAUUUUGACAGAAUUCUGAAAACACUUAGUCAAAGCAAUGGAGUAGUCCUACCUCCUUAUAGCAACAGUCAGGUGAGCCUCUGUCUGUCUGUCUGUCUGUCUGUCUGUCUGUCUCUCUUUCUUUUCUUUGUUUCUGCCCUGCCUGGUUUUAUCUCUCAUGUGGUAUUUAAAUAUUUUAUCUUACUUCCCCAUUCUUAUGUCACACUAUGUGCACAUAUUCUUUUUUGUCACACAGACUAGAAAGCAUCGCAUUGCUGCUUUUAAAUCCACAUCAAGAGAGUGCAUACAGGGUUAAGAAAAGUGGAGGGUGCACAGUUAUUUCUUUGAGUUUAUCCCAGUGUU